AUUCGGAUAAUUUUGGGUUGAGGUCGCCACACGCCUGCAGUUCUGUUUUUGUGUGUUUAUCUUGUCUUUACCGUGGUCUGAGCGGCCAUACAUAACGCUGUACUGACGGUCAUUUACACAGCAAAACGUCCAUCCAUCCUUUUUAGGCUUGCUAAGAAAGCUUUACACCAUCCGCCGACAUACUUGCAUAUAGCUUAGUAGUUAGCUAACGUCGUCUAUCACUGUUUGGUGUCCAGCCUCUGAAUAAUAAGGGGCAGUUAAUAAGGGUAACUGUGGUAGCUAUCUGCCUUCAGUCUGACUUUUUAGGGCAACCUCUGACCUUUCGCUGGCACUGCCUCCGAGAGGUACCUGCUACUGAACUCAGAUCAGAUGACUAAGUGAGGCUACACUGGUUCAGCUGCCGGUGCCUCGGAUGUCCAAGUACAAACUCUUUCUGCUGAGGCAUGGGGAGGGGGCCUGGAACAAAGAGAACCGUUUCUGCAGCUGGGUUGACCAGAAGCUGAGCGAGGAUGGGGUGAAAGAGGCCCAGGACUGUGGUAGGCUCUUGAAGGAGCAGGGCUACAAGUUCGACUUAGUAUUCACCUCCAUACUCAGCCGCUCCAUCCAGACAGCAUGGCUGGUGCUGGAGGCUAUGGGUCAGGAGUGGGUCCCCGUGGUCAAGGCUUGGAGACUGAACGAGCGCCACUAUGGUUCCCUGAUUGGCUUGAACCGAGCAGAGAUGGCCCUUCAACACGGAGAGGAAAAGGUGAAGUUGUGGAGAAGGAGCUAUGACAUCACUCCACCUCCGAUUGACGAAUCCCACCCUUACUUCCUUGAAAUCUACAAUGACCGCAGGUACACCACCUGCGACGUGCCAAAAGAUAGCCUGCCCCGAGCAGAGAGCCUGAAGGAGGUGUUGGACAGGCUGCUGCCAUACUGGGAAAGCACUGUGGUGCCAGAGAUAAGGAAAGGCAGGACUGUGCUCAUUUCUGCUCAUGGAAACAGCUGCAGAGCCCUGCUGAAACACCUGGAAGGUAUAUCGGACGAGGAUAUUGCCAGUGUGACUUUACCUACAGGGAUACCGGUGCUGCUUGAGCUGGAUGAAAACCUCAAGCCUGUGAAACCUCGACAGCUCUUGGGAGACCAGGCGAAGAUUCAGGCGGCAAUUAAAAAGGUGGAGGAUCAGGGGAAAGCCAAACCGUCAACUUGAAUGCACUAAACUGCCCGUAAGACUUUUAUUUCUCAAAUAACUCAUCAUGUAACAUCAGACAAUAACAACAAUAAAUUGUUGUUAAUAAGAUUUAAAGGAUAGGUAGGGGUAAGUCUUACAGUGAAGUUGCUGUAUGUGUAAUAGUGGCCUGACCUGAAUGACCAGUGUGUGUGUGUGUGUGUGUGUGUGUGUGUGUGUGUGUGUGUGUGUGUGUGUGUGUGUGUGUGUGUGUGUGUGUGUGUGUCACGGGUCAAACUGGCUGACAGGGCCCGGAGAAAGUUCAGAGAUGUACUGUAAAUGUUUCAGCACUGUUUUGAGUUGUAAUAUGUGUAAGCAUUGAGGAAGCGUUUGUUUUUUAUGUUAUUUUUAAGCUACUUGUCGCUACUCCUGCCUGUAUGGUGACCCUACUGUGGUUAUUUAUUUAUUUACACACUGACUCUACCUUAGUAGAUUAAUAGUAAUGUGGUGAAGCUGAGAAAUCUUGAAAUAUGUUCAUUUCCAGAAAGGAGUUUUUCUGUUACAUUGAUAAGCUUUAGGAAUAUUCCCUUGCAUUUAAACAUGUGCCUUCAGUGUUAACAUAGUGCUCAGGCUUAUUUCAGGAAGAGCAUCAGAUCAUUUCAUUUUAUUUAAUUUAAUUUAAGAAUAAAAGCUUUCAGCACUCUGUUAACAAAUCUUAUCUCAUAGAAAUUGAUAGCUAGAAUGGGGUAAUUGUGAACCACAGAAAUGCUGUAAAUAUGCAAAACCACUGAAAUCCUUUCCCACACUGAUGUGUUACUCAUACUUUUAAAAUGGCCUACUCAGUAAGAGUAAGACAGCUGAAGUUGUUAUUCUAUGAGGUUUAUACAGUACAUUAACUCUGACACAAAAGAGGUUGACUUUAAAACACUGUGGCUAACAAACAUUGCUAUUUGGGUCUGAUAACUUUUUAUGCUUUGCACUUUUAUGGGGAUAUUAUGACGAUGUUUUAAAUUGAUCUCCUUUUUGAUUAAAAGCAACUGUGAAUGAUAAAUGCCAUUAUUGUGGAUGAAUAUGAAAAUAAUAAUAAUCCAAGCACUAUUUUGGUUUCCAUUUUACAUUAGAAAUGAUCAUACAUAUGUAAUUUGAUGUUGCUUAUGUAAUGUUAAUAACAUGAGUGGUUACAAGCCACUCUUGAGUCUGCACAUUUUGUCUCAUAGCAGCACUAUCUUAUUUCAUCUUAUGUUACUACUGUGUGUGGCACAGGCUACUUCAUUGUACUGUAUGUUGUAUUGUGUCUCUUGUUGUGUUUGCCACUGUUGUUCUGUACACUGGUCUGUUAGGUUAACAGGGGAAAAGAGAUAAGAACAUGCAUUUGACGAUACUUGAGUAGAGAACACUGGUAUAUUUGUCAUUUCAUGUAAUAUGAUUUCAUGUCUUCCCUGGUGUUCACACCUUACCGUAUAAGAGUCUGCAUGAUAAAAUAAAAGGGAUUUCAAAUUUUCCUAAA